CCUUACAAAAUAUACACUUAUUAUCACAAUAUGACACAUAUUAUUGUAAGAACAACGACAAAAAACAAUAGUUAAUAAGUUACUGUGUACAUAAGUGUGACGAAUAAAAACGAAUAUAUCCGAAUUUAACCGAAAAUUAUCAUCACCGUAGGAUCAGCCACAAGAAAUAAAUUUGUAGCAUUCAUCAGCAUUCACACUUAAGUUUUCGCUACACUUUGUUGCUUUAUACUAUACAACAAUACAGUUCACAAGUGUACAUACACGAUAAAAUAUAUACAUAUAUAUAUAUAUAUAUAUAGAUACAUAGCUGCGUUGAUACAUAUUUCGUAUAUUAACACGAUUAUAUCAAUACUAAUUAUUAAUCUAUAAAUCAAUAUAAUUUUAUAAAAUUAAAAUAAUUAAAUAAUUUCUGUUUCAUUGAUCAGCAUCCGUUCAAUUUGGAUUGGAUUUUUAGUCGUUGAAAAUAAAAAAGGAGAUAAUACGACAUUAAUAAUGGCUGGUGAACAGCAACAAUUUUUUCUCAAGUGGAAUGAUUUUCAAUCUAAUAUGGUAUCGUCGUUUAAGCAUUUGCGAGAUGAAAAAAGUUUUACAGAUGUAACAUUAGCAUGUGAUGGGCAAACUUGUAGAGCGCAUAAGAUGGUACUAUCAGCAUGUAGUCCUUACUUUAAAUCUUUACUUGAGGAAAAUCCGUCCAAGCAUCCGAUAAUUAUACUGAAAGACGUAGCUUACAAUCACUUACAAGCUAUUCUUGAAUUUAUGUAUGCCGGAGAGGUGAAUGUUUCUCAGGACCAAUUACCAGCAUUUUUAAAGACGGCCGAUCGACUUAAAGUUAAGGGACUAGCUGAAGCGCCUGGUGCCAUUAAAAGGGAGGGCUAAAACUGCCAAUAUUUAGUUAUGAUGUUAUUAGAAGAGUGCGAAGUGAAAAAGUGUAAUGAAUGAAUAUACAAACGAAGUGAUUGGAUAAAUAAAUUGGAGCGCAAAAACAUACAUAGACACAAUACACAUAAACGUUAAUAACAUCACCUUUGAUUCAAAAAAAAAAAAAUCAGUAAAAUAAUAAACAUUAAAACUAUAAUAAUUUCAUAUUCUUAAUUUUAUUCAUUUUAUUAAAUUUUUUUUUCCAUUUAUUUUAUUAAAGAUUGAACCAGAAAUCAUUGUUGAUAUAUUUAAUUUUAAAGUAAUGACUGAAAAUAAAAAAUAAAAUAAAAAUGUUAUUGAAUUAAAGGUGAAAUAAUCAACAUUAAUACACCAAUUAUAUUUUUUAUUAAGGAAAGUGCUAAAAAAAAAGUGAAGAAAUUAAAUAAUAAAUAAGCAGGUCAUCAUAGUUUUAUAUAAAACCAUGACCGUGGACAUUUGUGAAUCAGUACAAAAAAUAAUCGUUAAUAUAUUAAUUGAUCAAUUAUGAUAACUAAAAUUUGAAUUAAUAAUGAAACAAAGGCCUGAUAAAUAUUUUAUUUGCUUACUCAACUAAUUAUUUAAAGGCAUUGUGUAUAUUCUGAAAGCCCUAUAUAUUUGUUUAAUAUCAAUUAAUAUAAGUAUAUAAAAUAAUCAUUUAAUAAUAAUAAUUAAUAGAUUUACAAAAGUCCCGGCCAUCAGAUCAAAAGGUAUUUAGUCAAGUUUACUAGAAGUGUUUAGUUAGUUUUUAUUUUAUUUUCAUUCUUUAUUCAUUACUCAAAUGUUUCAUUAUUUCCAAAUAGUUUGAAAUUUUAUUUUAUUAUAUAAAUAUAAAAUAAAAAUAAAAAAAAAUACAUUAAUUAAUUUUUUUAUUAAUGUCGAAGUGAUAAAACAAUAUUAAUAUUAAUAAAUACUUCUAGUAAUCAUGAUUUACCUUAACCAAAUACUGCCAGGACUGUACCGGCGUAUUUACAUUAUUACCGAUAGACCAAAUUUAUUUAUGAUAAUAAUAUAUUAAAGGUUGUUUAUCCUAUGCCGUGGGAAGUUUUAUGUAACAUUAACUGAGGAACAAAAAAAAUUGUUUUUUAAUGCCAGAAUACACAGUUCUUUUAAUCAUAUUUAGAGCACAAAUAUUGUCAGUAAAUAAUUCUAAUGAUAAAGAAAAAUAAAUAAAAAUUAUUAAGAUUAAAUGUAGUUUAAAAUGGAAAAAAGAAAGGAGCUCAUUUAUAAGUAUUUCAUCGUAUAAAAAAUCAUCACAAUUUAAACAUUCAUUAUUUCCAAUCACAAGGUGUAAUUUAUCAGAUUUAUUUUUGGAAAUCAUGUUAGGUGCGUUAUUACAUUUCUUCAAUUUAAAAUAUAAAUCAUAUAAUUAUCUUCCAGAUAAACUUUUUUUUUCUCUAUCAAAAAUAAAAAUUUUUUUCAUUGAAUAUCAGAGAUCAUUUUACUGCGAUAAUUUAUUAUUAUUUUUUAAAAAUAAUCUGGCAACUUUAUGCUUUAUCACGCACAAUAAUAAAUCAACUUUUUCGAUUAAAUUUUUCGAAAUUGAAAUAUAGCGAUUGUAGAUUUGAUUUCUAUUUUUAUUAAAAUAUAGUCUUCAUACUGGGUCAAUUUAGCGAUUACUUUUUUUACAGCAUCAAUUAAAUAGAUUUUAAUUAAUUAAUAUUUCUAUAAUUGAUGAAUGUUUUGUCUUCAUAAUAUAAAAACUAAUAAAAUCGUAUAUAUUUCAACAAUGGAUAAAACAAAAUUAUAAUUAAAUUCUAAUACAAUUAUUUUUUUAGGUGUCCAAAUUUAUAUGACUUGAUUUAUUAUUAUUUUCGUAUAAAAAAUAGUAUAGCAUAAUAGUAUUAGAGUGCUUUAAAAAAGUCGACUAUUUAUUUUUUUUUUUCGUUGAUACACCUAAAUAUUGUUGUACACAUCGAAAAAAAAAAUUCCCUCAACGUUUAAGCCCUUAAUAUUAUUUUUAAGUACUUCCUUUUUCAUUUAAAAUUUUUUCGAUUUAAAUAACAUGUCAAUAAAAUAACUUUUUUUUUUUAAUUGCUAUUCUAUCACUUAGCCGGACUUCAAGCUAUCGUUUUGAAACCAGAUUUUAUUUGUAAAGUAUUUUUUGCUUCUUCAAAGUGUAUGAAACGAUUUUGCUCUAACUCAAUCCAUAUCGAUUGUAUCAGCUCCGAAAGUCAAUUUUUUCACUUUUUUCAUAUAUUUUUGUUAAUAGUGAAAAAACGGAUCAUCUUACGAAAAAUAUGUAUUAGAUCAAUCUUUCAGGAAAUUUUAUCCUCUACAAAAUUGCUUACACUUAUAUUGAUAAAGUGUAUUGUUCAUAAAAUACAAGCAGUAGAAAAUUUUACAGUUAAAAACAUUUGUAAGCUUAAUAAAGUAUUUUUUUUUAAAUGUAAAAUGUUCAACUGCUUGUAUCUUAUAAACUGUACACUUUAGCAAUAUAAGUGUAACAAACCAGUUUGUAGACGAUAAAAUUUUCUAAAAGAUUGGUCCUACGUAAAUUUUUCAUUACAUCAGCCGUUUUUUCCCAAUUGACAAAAAUAUGUAAAAAGAAAAGAAAAACUUGACUUUCGGAGCUGAUACAAUCAACAUGGAUUAAGUGAGAGCAAAAUCGUUUUAUAGACUUUCAAAAAACAACAAAUACUCACAAAUAAAAACUGAUUUUAAAACGAUAGCGUAAAAUCCGACUGUUAUAGCAAUUUUAUUCAAUUUACAUGCUUUUUAAAUGGGAAAAAUAAAAAAUGAAAAAGGGAGUACUUAAAAUUAAUAUUAAAGGCUCAAACUUUAAGCGAAUUUUUUUUUCGAUGUGUACAAUAAUAUUUAGAUAUCUCAGCGAAAAAUAAAAAUAGUCGAUUUUCUUAGAGUACUCUAAUGUGUAUGCAAAAUUAGUUUAAUUAUGUGAUCUCUGAUAGUGGUUUAAAAUUAUCAAAAUAAGAAAAAAAAUACAUAGUAAUAAAGACAAUUAAAAAAACUGAUUAAAUAUAAGGAUGAAAGCGCUGAUUACAAUUAUGAAACAAAUAAAUUGGCUAUUUAAAUAAUUGGUAAUAUUUCUCGAUGUUCUUCCUUUGUUAUUGUAAUUCAAUUUCUUUCCGUGACUAAAUAGGAAUAUUCUUCUUAUAAAUAAGUCUAAUGAGUCUUUAUUUACUUGACAUUGUUUAGAAUUUAAUUUUCUCUACAAAUAAUAUGACUCGAUGAUGAUAAUAUGAAGAUGUUGACGUAUAAAAUAAAUUGUGUAAAUAAAAAAAAAAAAAAUUAAUGUUGUUUUUUAUUUAAAUUUGUAUAAAUUAUUUUUGAAUCGUCUAUUGUGAGACAAAGGAUGGAACAAGACGAUUUCAGGUGUAGGUGAGUUGGUUGUUCGAGCCGAAGACGAAAUGAAAUGCCAGGGAUUAAAUAAAGUUAGUUAAUUUAACGGGAUUAAUUAUGAUUUUUAUCUAAAAUAUUAUUAAACCCACGGAACGGAACUUCGAUUAAAUAAAUAUAUUAUUAUAAAAAUAUUAAUGACAAUUCCCGAAUAAGAAAAUUCAUUGAAAAAGCGUUGACUAUUCUAAACUUCAAAACGUGAAAAAAUUAUUGUUCUGAUCGAGAAAGUUAAAAAACGAUCAACUUUUUAAAGUGAAUCGCCUGUUAUUUUAAGAAUAUUAAAAUCAAACUAUCCCAACAAACGAAAAAGAAUUGGAUCGGAUUGAAAAUUAUAAGUUUCAGUUCAAAAUCACAUAAUUUCGGAUUGGAGUUUAAAUUUUCUAAUGCGUUUUAAUCCGAUCCAAUUCGAUCACUUUUUUCAAUCCGUCUCAAUUGUUUUUUUCGAAUUCAGGUUAGGAGACUUCAAUCCAAUCGUAUUCGACGACUGGUAUCUAUUCGUAUCAUUAUCGAUAAUUAUUUUCUAUCCGCGUUAAUACGUUUUAGUGCACUUAAUUUACUCUUAAGCGUUGUAGGGGGAAAUUAACUACUGGAUUUUUUUUUAUUGAUAAUAUGUAAAAAAUUCCGUAGAUCACGAAAAUAAUAAUAAGAAAGCUCAAUUCGGCCGCGUUUUUUUAAUAAAUAAGAAAAUAACAAUAGGGAAGCCGAGACACCGUGAAUUUUCAUUAAAAAACUUCUGUCUAUUGAUGUAAAACCUUAUGAUGACUGGUAUUAAAAUAAAGGGCGAUAAAUUCUGAAUAAGAAAUGUCAAAUAUCAAUCUCCUGGGGCUUAUUAUGUUCGCGAAAAAAAUUAAUUAAAAA